GCUAUAAAAGGCACCAGAGGAAGCCACCAAGAAUCAGUGUCAAUUGUUCUGUUGCGUGAUUUUGUGGAUUAAUUCAUAAAGUGAAGAAAGUGAGAGAAUUAAUUAUGAAGAUAUCAUUGUGUGCAGCAAUUUUUGCAAUUUUUGGUUUAGCUACAGCUGAAAAAUUAAUUUUCUGCUAUCACGGGACAUGGUCGUACUACCGUCAGGGAAAUGGAAAGUUUGGCGUGGCUCAGAUUGAUCCAAAUCUCUGCACGCACUUGGUGUAUUCUUUCUUCGGGAUUGCUCCUGAAGGAGCUGUCAGGAUCCUCGAUCCUUGGCUGGAUUUGGAUGACAAUUAUGGACUUGGGAAUAUAAGGAAGUUCAAUGAACUGAAGAAUAUCAAUCCGAAACUUAAGACAAUCGCUGCUGUUGGCGGAUGGAAUGAAGGAAGUGUGACUUUUUCUAAGGUGGCAAAUGAUGCGACCAGAAGGAAGAGCUUUGUGAAGAGUUCAGUAGAAUUUCUGGAAAAAUUCCACUUCGACGGAUUGGAUAUGGAUUGGGAGUAUCCUGCUCAGCGUGGAGGAAAUACCCAGACGGACAAGAAAGCUUUCAGUUUGUUGAUCAAGGAACUUUCUGAAGCUCUCCAUGCCAAGGGAUUCACUCUAUCCGCUGCAGUUGCUUCUGCAGAAUUUUCUGCCCAAAUCUCAUACGACAUUGCGGAAAUAGGAAAAUAUCUGGAUCAUAUUGGAAUAAUGACUUAUGAUCUGCAUGGUUCUUGGGAUCAUAAGAUUGGGCACAAUUCUCCUCUGUAUGCCGGACCAUGGGAUCAAACGGUCAUAGAGAAGCAGCUCAAUGUUGACGCUGCAAUUAGUUACUGGAUUCGAAAUGGAGCUCCUCCGGAGAAGAUUCUUCUGGGAGUUCCAAGCUAUGCCCGUGGCUUUCGGAUGGUUAAUGGUCAGAGCACACCAGGAUCUCCCCAUGCAGGACCUAGUGAUCCCGGACCUUACACCGCAACUCCCGGAAUGAUGGGCUUCAAUGAACUCUGCGAGAAGCGGAAGAGUGAAAAAUGGGAAGAUCACUGGGAUGAUAAGCAAUUUGUCCCCUACGCCACUAAAGGAAGUCAAUGGCUAGGCUAUGACGAUGAGAAGAGUCUCAGACUGAAGGUGAAUUACGUUCACAGUCACAAUCUCGGCGGGGUUAUGAUGUGGUCCAUUGAAACGGACGAUUUCAAGGGAUUCUGCGGAAGAGGAACCUUCCCACUCCUCAAAGAGAUCAACUCAUCUCUUCUGGGAACCAAUAUAACCACCGAGACAACAACACCGUCAGCUAACCCUCCAUCCGUGACAACUCCUGGAGCACCUGCCACGACAACAGGAUCCUCCGAAUGCCUAGAAAAUGGCUAUAGCAGAGAUCCUCUUCACUGCGAUAUUUUCUACUUCUGCCUCGACGGUGACAAGUACCAAUUCCGCUGCCAAGAAGGUUUGGUCUUUGAUCUUGAUCUACUGUACUGCAAUUGGCCCUUCCUGGUCCAGUGCUAAACUACCCAACUCUUUUUGUAAUUUUAUUUAAAAAAAAGAUUAUAGCAUAAAAUUAAAUUAUUCCUGAAA